AUGGGACCUGGCAACUGUCUGCCUUUAGUGGACGGCGGUACGAGAGAGUAACUCAGGCCCUCCCGGUGCACUCCCACUUGUCUGGCUUGUGGCUAUACAGUUCUCGGUGUUAAUAGCAUUCCUGAUGAUUGUGUGGUGUAAGUAGCGUUGUGUUAGAUACACUCGUGAGUCGCCCACACCUCAGAGGGAGCUGGGUACCGGAGCAGUGUUGUGAUACUGUUCAAGAAAGGCCAAACAUCCACUCAGCGACAUGGCUACGCAGCCCUCGACGCGAUUCAGCGAGAAUUAUGAGCUGAAGGAGGAACUCGGAAAGGGCGCCUUCUCAGUGGUGCGUCGGUGUGUGCAGAAGACGACGGGGCUCGAGUUUGCCGCCAAAAUUAUCAACACUAAGAAGUUGUCAGCCCGAGAUUUCCAGAAACUCGAGAGGGAAGCAAGAAUCUGCAGAAAGCUUCAGCACCCCAAUAUAGCCGACACCAGCGGCUACAAUGUAACAGAGCUGAUUGUUCGUCUCCACGACAGUAUACAAGAAGAAUCCUUCCACUAUCUCGUGUUCGACUUGGUGACAGGUGGAGAGCUGUUUGAAGAUAUUGUAGCGAGAGAAUUCUACAGUGAGGCUGACGCAUCUCAUUGUAUUCAACAGAUUUUAGAAAGUGUCAACCACUGUCACCACAAUAAUAUUGUACACAGGGAUCUCAAGCCAGAGAAUCUUCUGUUGGCCAGUAAAGCUAAAGGUGCUGCUGUCAAACUAGCAGACUUUGGGUUGGCCAUUGAAGUACAGGGUGAUCAGCAGGCAUGGUUUGGGUUUGCAGGAACGCCCGGGUAUCUUUCACCAGAAGUUCUCAAGAAAGAGCCAUAUGGGAAGCCUGUGGAUAUUUGGGCUUGUGGAGUCAUUCUUUACAUCCUCCUUGUGGGUUACCCUCCAUUCUGGGAUGAAGACCAACACAGACUAUAUGCCCAGAUUAAAGCUGGGGCCUAUGAUUAUCCCUCUCCAGAAUGGGACACAGUAACCCCAGAAGCAAAAAACCUCAUCAAUUCCAUGUUGACAGUCAAUCCUGCCAAGCGUAUCACAGCUGCUGAGGCACUCAAACACCCAUGGAUUUGUCAACGUGAGCGUGUGGCUAGUGUGGUGCAUAGGCAAGAGACUGUUGACUGCUUGAGAAAGUUCAACGCCAGAAGAAAACUUAAGGGUGCGAUCCUGACGACAAUGCUGGCAACCCGCAACUUCUCCAGUAAGUACGAAGCACCGGGCCGUUCCAUCAUCACCAAAAAGGGAGAUGGGUCACAGGUUAAGGAAAGCACUGACUCCAGCACCACCAUAGAAGAGGAGGAUGUAAAGGACAAGUCCAAGUCUCAAGUUGAUAGAAGUACCACAGUGAUCGCCAGGGAUGUUGAAGAUCACCACCAUGUGCGUAACUCUGUCAAGACUGCCUCCCUGUCCUCCUCACUCUCCUGGCAUGCAGCCAAUAGGAACAACAAUGUUUUGGACCCCCGCAAGCAAGAGAUCAUUAAGGCCACUGAGCAGCUCAUUGACUGUAUAAACAGUGGAGACUUUGAAGGAUACACCAAAAUAUGCGACACUCACCUGACCUCCUUCGAACCUGAGGCGUUAGGCAAUUUAGUGGAGGGCCUGGAGUUCCACAAAUUUUACUUUGAUAAUGUUCUUGGGAAGAACUGUAAGACAGUCAACACCAUGAUCUUAAGUCCUCAUGUUCACUUGUUGGGAGAGGAUGCAGCCUGCAUUGCAUACAUACGCCUUACCCAGUAUAUGGACAAACAUGGCCAAGCCCACACACAGCAAAGUGAAGAGACCCGAGUAUGGCAGCGUCGUGAUCAUAAAUGGCAGUGCAUGCACUUCCACCGGUCUGGGUCCCCUCUUCCCCAUUUGCACUCGGCACCAAGUAAACUUUGUGUUAUUGGAAAUCCUGGUUGCCCUAGAGAGAUGAUAGAGUUCAGGCUGGUAUUUCAGCCUUUGUGGAAUGUUGUGGGUUUGAAACAUAUUCAGACUCUCCCAACCAUUAUUCAGGCCUCAAAACAGCCAUCCAACAUACAAGAACCAAAGUGCUGCGAGACCUGAAAUGGUAUAAAAGUAAUGGGAAGAACUGUAUUAUGGAGAACAAGUUGGUGUUCCGCUCCCAAAUAUUCUGCAAAAUGUCAUCCUUUUCCCUAGUACUGAAUGUACAGGUUAGCAUUUGAUAUGCCAGAUUGCACUGGAUUAUUGAUGGUUGCCUAUAUUUUGAAGAUUGAAUGUUCCCAUUGUAUCAUUGCUACCAACUAUAUUAAUUGAUGUGUGGCAUAAUUUUAGAUUUAACAAACUCUCUUUGUUGGACAAUUCUUCAGUGAUAUGUGCACAAUUUAUGGCUCAUGAAGUUCUCAGAUGCUAGGUAGAGAAAGUUCUAUGUUAUUGAAAAUGCUGUAGAAAUACAUUUCUUCUAAGCAUCCUACAUUUGCCUGGUAAAAAAUCAAUUCAGCAAAGCCACAGCCAUUUCUAUUAGUUAGUACCAAUUAGGAUAUCUAUCCAUCAACUAUGGAAAAUUAUCCUCCUGAACACUGACUCUACUGUCAGUGUUGAAACUUUCAUUAUCAUCGUCUCUCCAUAUUUUGUCACUCACCAACUUAAGCUUAAACAGUCAUGCAGCAAGUGUUAACUCUAUCACUAAAAUCCAAAUGCAUGAACUUUAGAGAUUGUAAUGUACAUUUGUAUGCAAAUGCUUUUGUUUCAUUUGAAAGUAUGAAAUAUAUAUAUAUAUAUAUAUAUAUAUAUAUAUAUAUAUAUAUAUAUAUAUAUAUAUAUAUAUAUAUAUAUAUAUAUAUGUGUGUGUGUGUGUGUGUGUGUGUGUGUGUGUGUGUGUGUGUGUGUGUGUGUGUGUUUGUAUGUAUGUAUGUAUAUAUGCACAUAUACGUACAUAUAGUGUGUGUGUGUGUGUGUGUGUGUGUGUGUGUGUGUGUGUGUGUGUGUGUGUGUGUGUGUGUGUGUACAUCCUGCCAAAAGCCUUUUUUUUAAUAAGUGAGCUCCUUAAGAAAUAUUAACUUUGAGGUUGUAGAUAAAUACUCUGUAUCCUAAACUGUAUUACUGUUGAAGCAAUUGGUUUCAUGUAUUUGGAUUUUGGUAACUUAAAAGAACAUCACUUGUGACAGGGAGUCCCAUAGUACCUUUAAUUAAGGUAGGUGGACAUGAUCUUCUGCUUCUUUCAAUGCAUCUAUAAAGCCAUUACUUGAUGCAGUUUAUAAUUGCUUAUUCAUGUGAGACAUACUGUCUGUGAAAUGUCAAACUCAGUUCUUUUAGGGUUAAACUAAAGUUGAUUCUCAGAGGUGUACCAACCCAUAUCUUUUCAUAUUUAUACUUAGUCGCUUUGUGAUUCAUACCUGUGGCUGAGAGAUGAAGUGCACGUGUGUGGCCUGGUGCUUACAGGGAGUGAGGGCCAGGCGGGCCAAAUGACCGGUGUAUAUCUAGUCAUUUGCUUUGCUCUUGACUUUUCUUACAUUGAUUUUUAUCAGACUCUAUGGUAAGAAUAGUUCCCAUGUCAUAUUUGUGGUUUGUUUGAAUUUGUAUAUUUGUAAUGAUAAGCCUUUUAAAGAGCUUGAGAGAAUGUUUGAUAUCUUUUUAGAUUCCUAAGUGAUAGGUCCCGUGUGUCUCUGGUGCCGUGAUCUUGUUGUUGCAGCUUGACAGGCGUGUAAUAUAUUUAUAUCAUGCUUUUAAACAGAUUUAUUAACUUCGAUACAAAGUAUUCUUUAAUUGCUAAGUGUCUUAUGGCCUAGACAUUAAGACCCUGAAGCUGACUCCAGGCCUCAGUAUUGUAUAUUAGACUGCCAAGUAAGCUGUACCAGGCAGACCACUUCCUAUUGGUCUUACACUUGUAAAUUUACUGUCAAGUCAAUACUUUGCAAAUCUCAGACAGCAUAAAAAAAUAUAUAUAAAAAUGAAAAAAAAAAAAAAAAUUGAUUUGUCAUGAAGACUUAGAGUGUAAGUUACACAUAGUCUUUUCAAUCUCCGAAUAUCUGUGAAAAUGUUUCAUGUGUGAUAGUUAACAUCAACUCUGAUCACCUUCCAUACAUAUCUUGAUUUUAUGCAUCAAAACAAAACACUGAUCAAAAUUCUGGCCUAAUAGUUUAAAUGUAAACUCAAAUAACAUGGGUCACAUUUAGGACUCCUUAACUUAGAUCCAGGAUUUCCAUUAUAAUGAAUCUGUCAUCAGACCUCUGCUGUGUGCACAGAGUCUUAUUUCCUGGAUAUAGAGCUUGGGUCCUGGACUGCUGCAUAUAAUGCAUGUUACUGUAAGCCAAACCUGUUGGUGUCUUCUCAUGUUCAACACUGUCCUGUCGUCACUGCUGCCACUACUGCUGCUGCUGAAACUGCUGUAGCUGUUGCUACUACCAUAUGUGGAAGGUAAGAGGCAAAACCAGCACAGCAACCAGCCAAGCAGGGUCUGUAGUGGAACUCCAGCCACUGCCCUGCUAUUGUUAUGCUUGUGAUUGGUCAUCCUUUGCGCCUGGUUGUGUGAUUUUGCUCAAGUAUUGAUUGGCAGCCAAAUUGUAUGAGGACAAAACUGGUGUAAGAGAUCAUUCUGUCUCAAUAUUUGGGCAUAAGUGAAUUGAGCGCAAGUUAUGGUACUAUAAUGGUGUACAAGAUUACCAAUACUUUUUAUUCAAUGUCAUAUUUGAUGGUUUACAUAAAAAGUAUGUUGUAUUGUUGCCUGCAGUUUUCUGUACCAUUUUCCACCCUGCCUUUUCCUAAGCCUGCUUCAUGUAUUUAUCUUUAAGACUUAGAGAAGUUUUAUUACUAUUUAUUUGAUUAUUUAUUUACUUAUUAUUAUUUUUUUUAUUGUAGGUAGACUUUUAUUGUUUAAUCUACUCAAGAGCUUUGUGAAAGGCAGGCUUGCAUGUCCUCAAGUGUGAGGUUGAAGGGUAACCCUAGAAGUGGCCGUCCUCUAAUCGUCCCAAAUUCUUAGAGCCUAUGAGGUGAGAUGUAGUUAUUUAAGAAUAGACACUUUGUAAAGUAACUGCAUGUAAAGGAAAUCUCAUCUGGUGGCUAAGAGUUUGGGAACCUUGAAAUGGAUAUACUCAUGGGACAGGACAUGGUUGUUGGCUACCCUCCAGCUAUUUCUUAAUUUUUUCAUAUAGAUUUUUGAUCUAAGAUGAACUAUUUUAAGACGUUAACAAGAUCACAUGUGUUGUGUAGUCAAUGUAUUCAAGCAAAGAAUGUUUAACUCCAUCGAAUUUCCCUAUAAUAUAUCACAAAUUGGAUUCAUCUAAACAUUUAAUUGCCAUUACAAAUUUAUAACAUGCUGUUAUGUGUGUCAUUUGUGCUUUAUCAUUUUCCCUUUGAAAUUCAGAGGAAAUGAGAGACUUUCAUGGAAAUAAAUUCUGAAAUGUUA